AUGGACUUUUUAAAAGUACAGAGACCUGUGCGUUUUUGACUCCCCCCACUACAAUCAGUUGAGCGACUGAACGGGGCCAGGACUUGGGAAUCAAUGCGGUGUCAGCUGGAAGGACGUGGGGUCCGGAUCUCACCUCAACGCUGAUACGUCCUGGGAGUGAUGCACUGGCUUCCCCUGGUUGCCAUGGUGAUCGCCUCGGCCCUGCCCUUCCCUCACAAGCCUGUAUCCAGGAUAGCCUACGCCGCCAGUGUGGACGACGACCCGCGUCGGCUCCCGCUGGACUACAACUCCCAAGGAAAUGCCUUGCAAAAGGACUACAAAACGGCUGCACUUGAGAACUGCACCAAGAACUCCCCCGAAAGGAGCGGCAGUCGACCAGACCACACCAGGGUGGAUGGCGGUUUUCUGGACUCGACAAAUGGACCCACGCAAGUCUCUGAAGUGGAAACCCAGAUAAUCCAAAGUCCUGCAUCUGCCGGUCCGAGGACUCGGAGAGGAUCUACGACGACCUUUCCCAGAGAGCAGCUCAGGAACACGACAAGGAGGGGCCCCACUCUGGUGGGGGCGACACCAACCCCAGCCAGCGGCAUGGUCAAUGGAACCCCAGAGGCAGGAAUGAGCAUCGUGGAAGGUCUCCUAGAAGGGGAUGAGAUGUUUCUGGAUACUCACCCUCGGGUCCUGUUCUCCUCAUCAGCUUCGCCUCCAGACCACCCGCCCCUCCUGGUCAUGCUGGAAGGCGGCCUUUUGGAGGACGAGAGAGUGGAAUUGGAGGACACCCAUGUGGAGGGCCACGGGGAUCAGAGCCUCAGUUGGGUCAACGCGUCUGGAUUUGCAUCCGACGUGGGCCGCCCCCUCAGGAGGGAAAAACGCUCGCAUUUGAUGGACCGGCGUCGAGGUGAGAAGUCAGUGUGCGAGGCGGAGAGUGUAUGGGUGACGGACAAGAAGACAGCCAUUGACUCGCGGGGCCAGACGGUCACCGUCUUGCAGGACAUCCAAACACUGACUGGUUCGCUCAAGCAGUUCUUCUAUGAGACUCGUUGCCGCCAGGCUGAGCAGCAAAAGAGCCACAACCCUGCCACCAGGGGGGCAUCCCAGCCCACUGGGGUGGCGGGUGCCGGUUGCUUGGGUGUGGACAAGAAACAGUGGGUGAGCGAGUGCAAAGCCAAGAAGUCGUACGUGCGCGCCCUCACCAAGGACGCCAACAACCGGACAGGGUGGAGGUGGAUCCGAAUCGACUCCUCCUGCGUUUGCGUGUUGCUCUCCCGAGCCAAUCAGAUCCUGGCCCGCGAGGCGCUUGCCAGGAGGGGGCGGGGAUAACCAUACGACACAACUCAAAGACCUCACAGGAGAACAUAUGUUUUUCUACGAUUUACCUUUCAUAGCCUAAGUUAUUAGUACGUAAGCAUGUGUUUGACUUUGAUAUUAAUAUAUUCCUACAUCUGUCUGUAUACCUGCGGUGCUUAACAAAUGGAUAACUGUAUUCAAAUACUUAAUUUUCAGUCAGAAAUUAAUCAAGCACAACAUUCAACCAGUCUUUUUUUUUUAAUCACUCCAGAAUCCAAGGAAAUUACAAUUAUUUAUGGGGUUGGGGGUGUAAUUAUAUGACUUUUUUUUCAAGAGAUGUCAUUGGUUUAUGUGGAAAAUGCUAAACAUUUAGUAGAAUAAAAUUUGGAAGGAAAAAAACAGGGUCCUAAUUUACAAGGUAGAAGAACUGUUCAGAAAAAAUGGUCCCCUUACAUUUUUUAAUUCGGAAUUUUGCAAGAUGGAAAAUCAUCCAUCUAUCUAUUUUCUAAGCCACUCAUCCUCACAAGGGUCACAGGAGUGCCAAAACUUUCUUUGCACGGGAGACGGGGUACACCCUGAAUUGGUUGCCAGCCAAUGGACCUUUCCGACUGGCGAUCUUGAGCUCCACCCCCCAUAGCUACAUUUGCUAUGUCCCACGAGCUGCCAAAAUGGCGACUGAACAGAACAGCUUUGAAGUGGAUUCUCUAUCGUGUAUUCGAGAUAAUAUUGCGGUAUGUUUUUUGCCAAAUGUGUCAGACUUGUCCAAGAGAGUUCUACAGAGAGGUCUUAAAUAUUUCACGCAAGGAUUUGUACACGGAAUUAAGAUUUUGAACAGAGCAGGACGCAAUAUCAGAGUUACAGCGAAAUGUUGGCGAUCGAUGCAAAAAGGUUUGACGCCUCACAAACUUCAUAUUAAAAUCCAACAGGAUAAAAUAGUGGAAUUGUACUGCGCAUGUAAAGCAGGGAGAGUACUUUUUACUUGGAAAGAUCACAAGUAACAUUAUUGUGGUCUUUAUUAGUGAGUGGGUGUAUUCAUUUGACUUGGCUUGUAAUGGAACCCAGUGCUCUGUUUUAAAAGUCCGAUGUGAUACAAAUGUGCAAAAGACAUUUCUCUUGCAUGACGUGCCGCAUUUACGUAUCUCUCACCCGACUCUCAUGACACACUUCAUUCAGCAGGUCAGUGCUACACGAACAAAGUGAAAGUUGUUCUCCUGCAAUGUAUAAAGCACUGAUAAUAAUUCAAUCAAACUCUGAUAAGUUACUUUUCCAUCACUUACCUUCGAACAUACAGCCUUGUGUUUGUUGAUAUUAUCCACACUUAGUUGUAUGUGCUUCGCAAGUCUUAAUCCAUCGGAGACACAUCCUCAACUGUGUUUUAGGCUUUGGAAAAUGAAUCAACCAGCCCCCUUGUAACCUAGCAGGAUAUCUUUCAUCAGAAUUGCACCUUCCCCAGGCGCAUCUAAGGACAAUUUUCUUUGUAACAUUAACUUUUCCAAGCGCACGCGGCUGACAACAAGCAUUGCUUGUGGGACAAUAUGCUGAGAGGGGCGUGUCAAGCCAGGGGUUAAGACAAUGCAGUUAUCUGAUUGGCUAUUAUUGUAUGAGUGAUUGACAGGUCAGAAAGGGCCAUUGCGAAUGUAAAAUUCAUACGAACAGAAAAAGGUGGGGGGAAAAAAUUUAAUUAUACCAUAAAAAAUUUGGUGUUUUAAAAAUAAUUUCAAAAAUAUAGGAAUAUUUUAUUGAAUGUUACACAAAUUCUAAUUUACUAUAAAAAAAAAGUUUAUUUGAAAAAUUGUCAUUUUAUAAGAAAAACAUUUGUAAAAUUAAGUGGGGAAAAAAUUUUUUUUUACACAUUUUGAGUGUAUUUUACUGUAUGAUCUUUUUGAGAUUUUUUUCUUUUUAAAACAACCAGAAACGGGUCAAAAUUUUAUGCAAAUAAAGCUCGGAAUUUUACCCCCAAAAUUUUGACUACAUUGAAAAUGCUGAACAUCUACUGUAAAAAGGUAAAAUUAUAAAAGCAAUUAUUUUACUAUUAUUAGAUAUGGUUUAGAGAAAAGAGGGUUGUUUUACAAGCAAGCAAAGUAGUUUGUAAGCAAGAGGUAAAAUGUAAAUCUACCAGAAUUUUUUUUUUUUUAAAAACAAAUGUGUAAUUGUACUUUUACAUAGAAGUAGUUUUUUAAAAUUGUUUUUAAAAAGCAUUUGUCAGGAAAAUUGUCAUUUUACAUUGAUUAGGUUGUAAUGCAAUCAUAAAAGUAACAAUUUUCAACAGACGCGUCAUAUUCACCGUAUGUCCAUUUUAUAUGUUUAAUAUGGGAAGAUUUUAUCUUUUUUAUAUAAUAUAUAAAUAUAUUUAUAUGUAUAUAUAUUAUAAAUAUAAAAAUAUAUUUUUUUAUAAUUUAAUUUUUACAAAUUGCAAUUCGUAUAAUUCGAAAAAAAUCCCAAUCUGAUGAGGAUAAAUGACAAUUCCAAGAGUUUUCUGUCAUUCAGGAGACAUUUCACUUCGUAAUCUUUUGGGGGGGGUUCCCUUUUUUUUUUUCUUCAUGCAGCUGUGGACGAAACCUUCAAUUUGCAUCCAUUUGUUAAGCACUGUACAGUAUCUAUGUUAGUAUGUAUGGGGCUUGUAUAUUUAUAGGAGAGCGGAAGUACAAGACCAUGCUUGUCCAUGGAAGAAGUGGCGUCCCAUUUGGAGGUUUUGUGUGAAUGUUGGACCAGACGGGACCAUCUUUUCAAUAAAUGA